AACUAGUGUUCUGUCUAGUUUAAACCAUGUAUUUUGAGCCUCAUAGGGGAACUGCCCAACUUUGGAGUGAAGAUUUUUUCUUUUUUUAAUCCAUAGCAGUGCAUUCAUUCAUAAACCAGGAGAUGGCAUAGAGUAGUGGUUCCCAACCUAGGGUGACCCAGGUGUUCUUGGACUGCAACUCCCAGAAACCCCAGCCAGCAUGGUUGGUGAAGGCUUCUAGGAACUGCAGUCCAAGGUUGGCAACCAUUAGCACAGAGCAAGGAUGGAGAACCUGUGUCCCUCCAGAGUUUGUUUGGCUUUGGGUUCCAGAAGCCUUAGCCAGCAUGACUGAUAGUAAGAGAUGAUGGGAGCUGUAGUGCAAAUAUCUGAAGGACCGUGUCCGCCAUAGAAGGAGCUUGGCGCUUAGCAACAGAAACUCUGUGACGUGUAUGUGUUUCCUUCUUGGCUACAGCACAUCAGAGGACCAGGAGACCACCUUGACAGUCAUUAAUGUCUACUGCCCCCGUGCAGACCCUGACAAGCCAGAACGUGGAGACUUUAAACUGCGAUUCUAUCACCUCCUCCAGUGUCGAGCAGAGGCUAUUCUUAAAGCUGGAGGCCACGUGGCCAUCAUGGGGGACAUCAAUACCGCACACAAACGCAUUGAUCACUGUGAUCCAGCAGAUUUGGAGUCCUUUCAGGAGCACCCCGGACGCCGCUGGCUGGACCAUUUCCUGUGGGAGCCGGGCAAGGAUUCCGCAGACAGGGAACUGUUUGUGGACACUUUCCGCUUUCUGCACCCCAAUCAGGAAGAAGCCUACACUUGCUGGUGCAAUGUGACCGGGUCCCGGCAGCUCAACUACGGCACCCGCAUCGACUACAUUCUGGCUGAUCGUGCCCUGGCGUUGUCGGAGCUGGUAGAGGUGCAGGUCAGAGCAGAAGUGUUGGGCUCUGACCACUGCCCUGUGCAGGCAGUACUGAGGAGUACCUGCCUACCUGCUCCCCGCUGCCCACCCCUCUGUACCCGCUUCCUGCCUGAGUUUGCAGGCACCCAGCAGAAGCUUAGCCGCUUCCUUGUGAAAGUGCCACGGACUGGCCUGCCAGAGAAGGGGCAGAAACGGGACUGGGCUGAGCCACGUGCUGUGGGGGGUUCCAAGAAGAGUCGGACCGGCCCAUUGCAGAAGGGGCAAGGGGAUUUGAGGAGCUUCUUCAAAAUGGGAAAUGGUAGGGCGGAAGACACGGACAGUCCUGGGUACAAAUCCAAAAUGAUCCAGAAGGCAGAGGAUACUGGGGGAAAACAUUCUGUUGAAACUCCUGGAAGGGUGGUUAAGAACUCUGGGGAGGAAGACAUUGCUGCUAUAACUCGCCCGCCUGCCGAGGGUUUGAGAACGGAGCCCACUGUGGGUGUGACCAAUGGUGAAGUGAUGUAUUGUGAGGAAGAAGUGGUCCCCGCCAAGCCUAAACAAUCAGCUGCCGUGUGGAAGUCCCUGCUCUCAGGCCCUCCUCGGCCCCCGUGCUGUAAGGUCCAUGGGGAGCCCUGUGUUCUGCGGACAGUAAAGAAGCAGGGCCCAAACUGUGGGCGGCGCUUCUAUGUCUGUGCACGGCCUCUGGGGAAGCCCUCUGACCCCCGUACACGCUGUGAUUUCUUCCUGUGGGCCAGUCGUGGGAACCCUUGAAUGGGAAGCGGAACUGAAAUAAGAGGCUAUUGAACCUUUGGCAAUUCCUGAAUGGGGGGAAAAAGUACUCUGGCUUGCUAAUGGUUGGGAGUGUCAGUGGCUCAUCACCCAAGAGAAGCCUAGCCUUCCCUUUCCUGGUUAGUCAUGAGUGUGGUGGAGUCCCUCUUGGGGUGGGCCAGUGGAAACUUGCACUGACACUAGGACACGUUAAGAGCUCAUGUUAUAGCACUUGCAAGUUCUUUAGGCCUUGGAAGGAGAAAGAAAGAUCAUUUAAACUUGAAUCAAUCCACGGUUUUAUAGAAUUCUUGAUGCUAGGGUUAACAUGGGCCUUGGGGAUGUCUGUACAGUUCACUCUGAUCUGCAUUGAACAGCUGUAUGAAUGGUUUUAGAUUUCCCCAUGUUUCCUAAGUAUAGGGUGAGUCAAUUUGCUUUUUGCAUUGGGUGUGUGGAAAGGCCCUUGAACACAGUCUUCUGUGGCCAUUUAUCCUUCUUCCAUGCCCACGGCACUUUAUUGUCUUUUCAAAAUAAUAAAAUGCCCUUCUUAGGAAAUGACCUCCUUGGGGGGAAAAGAAAGGAUGUUUUCUACUUUUGAUAAAAUAAAGAAGUUGGAAUAAAAAUGGUUUUGCCAGUGUCUUCUCUGUAAGGAGAGGAAGAAUGGGUGGUUUGUAUUCUCUGGAAAGCUAGUGGGUAACGCUGGGAAAGAGUUAGAGGGCGGUGCCCUGAUUCCAAGAACUAGAGAUUUUGUUUUGAUGCUUCUUACCCUUCUGUUCUGUGUGGGAUCAGCAAACCAUCAGACCUGUGCAAGCUGCCUCAAGCGUUCAAGUAAGUACCUCUUCCUCUGGACACUGGCAGAGUUGGCUUUCCAGUGCCGCCCUUGGUGCAUUUUGGUCUUCUGCAGGUGAAUAAUACUGGGAGAACGUGGAUUCCAGCCAUGUGUUACCUGGGUUGCAACUGUUGGGUCAGUACCUCUAGGAGUAUUUAUUCAUUGGGUCUUCUAGUGCUCUCUACUGACCACUGGUGGUAAUAGCAGCUUUGUGCUCUUCCGUACCUGAGGUCAUGUAUGAAGAGAAGGUAAAUGUGAAUCUACUGGGUGGUGCUUCAGUGAUUGGUAGGAGAUCAGCAGAGGUUUUCCUGACUUCCAGUUAGUUAAUAACUUUUUUUUAAUGGGUGGUGUUAUCUCCCUUCUUUAUAAGGUUCCUGGAAGGAAGAAAUAUUAAUGGAAAAGCAACACAAGCUCAGUUUUGGUGUUAAAAAUAAAUUCCUGUCCAUUCACACUCUAGGAACAAAUACAAAACUAAUGCUACCCUUUCUCCGACUUUCUGAUGCCAGUUCCUGGUGCUUUAGUCUUGCCAGGUCUGAUUGUUUGCUGAUCCCACACAGAACUUUGGUUUUUUGAAUACCCCAAUACCCAGCUUGUUCUCUUCUAAGAGCUUCCUCGUUUCCUUUCCUCAUUUUUUCUCAUCUGCUAGUGCAUCAUGUAGGCAUGCAAGAGUUUGCCGUCU